GAUAUUUUAUCAUUGAAACAAGCAUUGUGUUUACAUUGCAAACGAAAUUAAUGUUUUCGAUGCUUGAUAUCGUAAAAUGUCCCUUGUAAAGAAAAUUCAAAUUAUAAUUCACAUCACCUCAAAUGCUACGUUAACGCGAUAUCAUUGCAAACGAGAUGAGUCCAGAUUAUAAGAUAUUACUUGAACAAUUUCAAUUCAUGGAAAAGAGGUAAAAAUGGAUGACAUUACAUUUCGACAUUCCAAACAUGUAAAGAAACGAAGUAACUCCUAAUCAUAUACAAGGAAUAAAAACAUAAUUAUUAAGUUCAGCCUUGUUAUAUCUACGUCAUCGUUUCCAUUUUUCUUGCAUACCUAACUACGUACCAGUAAAUGAUGUAACGAAAACAGAUUUCCAUAUUUAUUUUGACAGAAAAUGAACAAAGACGGCCAGAGAAUGAUGUCCAUGCGUCUAUCCCGGGUGUUGGGGGACAUCGGGGUCAACAGGUACAUGAUGGAUCGAAGGAGGAGAACGUGGCUUAUGAAGGAGACAAUGGCUCAAAUAAAUAACGGCAAUUUGACUAAGUACUAUUUUGGCAGUCAGACAGAGGGAACUACAACCCUAGGAAUGCAGUCGGACAUUGAUGUGUUGGUGUGUGCAUGCAAUUUUCCUGUAAUCUUGAACUGGAGCGAUUGGCAGCAGGGUAGGCCACAUUUUCUCGUAGUAAAGACAGGUGCGACUCCACCCCAACACUGCUGGCUACAGAGGCUGAGAUCAGACCUUCCAUUACCAGAGACACAGGUUGUAUCACGUAGUGAUGAUGUGAUAGACAGUGAUGGAAGAGUGUUGAUGACAAACACUCAGAUAGAGCUUCAUGAACAUAUCGGGACUGGUGGAAAUCUAGUGCAACAUGGUCCAUCCAGGAGCUGGAAUGAAAACUAUGAUUGUGUUAUAGCCUAUCAUUGCACCAGGCUUCCUGGUGAGUGUCAGUUCCUGUUUCACAGACCACGUCCAGGACACUGGCCAACACCUUGCACACUGGCCAAGGCCAGACGGACAGGAGUUUUCCUGGUACCGCAAGGAUAUUCCGAUUCUCCUUCCAGACCAUCCAGGUGUCACUCCACUGCACUCCAUGUCACUCAAGAUGACCAAUACUAUCCACAGUCAAGAUGGGAAUGGAGGUUUUCUACCUCUAUGAUGGAGAGAUUAUUGAUGUUUGACAUGAAUAUUCUGCAGCGCAAGACAUUAAUGCUGUCACUACCAGACGCCAUUGAGAGUGAAACCGUCAGUGGUGAUGCACAUAGUUCUUGCUUGCAGAUCGUCAAUAACCUCAGAGAACUACUCGAUACCUUUUACACCAAAACGCCAAUAGAACAAGAAGCAAUUUCUCUCAUAAAACCUUUUAUGUAUGGGACACUUGCCUCCCUCAUUGCCUCUAAGUGUAUUUAUCUUGGUCAACCAAUAACUGAAGACACUUUAAACAUGUAUAGUAUAUCGUUGAACUCAGACCUGCUAUCAAGCCGACUAAAGUAUGCCUCAAUGUUGUACUGCAGUGGUCAGUAUGAGGCAGCAGCAGACUGCCUGGCCUACUGUGAGAGCCUGCUGGGGCCUGCAGUGUGGCAAUGCUGUAGUUGUGGUGGACGAGAUCACACUAGACCUGGCAACGCAUUCGACGAAAGAUCUUUAAAUUCAUCCAUUAAGGACAUGCUACAGAGGUACACAGCUAUGUGUGUACGCUUUACUCAUCUAGAAAUGUACUGCAUACCAGAACACCUUGUGUAUGAAAUGUUCAGAACAAUAAGUGAUGACGACAGACAAGAACGACAUCGGGAAACUUGGUAUAAAUGGACGGACUAUGCUGUGAUUGACUGUGUUCCAUUCCUUCACUACCUGCAAUAUCUCUCUUACAGACAAUUAAACCGGCUUGCAUUGAAACAUGCAGCACUUGAAAACUUACGUAAAUAUGUAUGUGAGGACAGUAAUGGCCAUGGUCACCUCGACACAGCCUGUAAUGUGCUCGGGCAUUGCUAUGAACUGGAGAACAGGAUUGAUAUAGCCUGUUUCUGCUACACAAUGUCUCUAGAAAUCUACCCAAGAAACAAUGCUGCCAAUUGACAUGUGGCUAGACUGUUCUGUAAUGCUGUGAACAAUCGCUAAAUAACUUUAUAGAUAAAAGGUUUAGAAGUUGAAAAGGAAAUAUCCGUUAAUUUCAUCUGGGAGUAUUGAACUGUGAUAAUUGAGCAAUGAUUGUAUGUACAUGAUUUGUAAGAUAGAAUUGCUAAUAAGCAAUAGUAA